UUACGAAUUUCGUUAUUAGUAACUGGUUAAGAGUACUGGACACUCAAUUUUAAAAUUUUAACUUGGUCAGACUGUUUUAAAUUAGAUAUAAUCUUAUUACAUAGUAGUAUUUAGUGAAUGGGAGUGUUUAUAAAUGUUGAAUUCCUUAAUAUAAAAUGUUUUUUCAGAUUGAAAAUACUCCCGAACGUAUAAGAAAAUCGCGAAACCCUGUAGUUGAACCUCAAGCAUCGCCUAAGGAAGAAUGCCCGCGACUCACUUUGGCUCCGUUUACCAGACCACCAAAACUUAUUUUCGAGAAUGUGGUGGUCGGGACGUCAUGCGAACGACAUUUAGAAUUGUUUAAUCCUUUAAAAGAACAUCAAGUGAUAACAUUAAAUAAAUCUGUGCCUGGUUUACAUGUUGAUAUGCCAGAGGGUCGUGUAUUAUUAGACUCAGAAUCAUGCUACUGUCUUACUCUUGUCUGGACACCAUUAGAAGUAAUUUCGUGUAGAGAAACCUUAAGGUUUACUAAUGAAAAGAGGGGACGAUUUGAUAUUGUUGUAGUCCUUAAAUCUAUAUUGCCUACCAAAACUAAAUCUAAACCAUCACCUGGCAAGAUAAAAAAGAAAAUUUUAAAGAGGUCUCCAGGUAACAUUAACAAGAAAAAAGUGCAACUUAUUAAAAAAGAAACUACUGAAUAUAUUAAAACUGUCAACAUUACUCAAACUAAAUAUAAAGUGCUGGUCACAAAAAAUGAUGCAGAGUUCAGAGAGUCGCCUCCUAUUCAAAAUCCAUUUGAAAAUGACUAUACAGAGUCUUUUAAUACUUCAGAAAUUUUUCCAAACAAAUAUAAACAAGCAGCAGAGUUGUAUACUACAUAUGAUAAACCAACCAACCAAGGAGGCAAUAUUUUGAAAGCUUCUAAUAAACAGAACAUUGACAAUUCCAUCUCUGAUUUGUUUGAUAAUAUAACAUUUACACCAUUAAAGAGUCUUCCAUCCAAAGUAGAGAAGUUGAACAAAGGUCCAAAAAUAGUGUGUAGUAUCAAUUCUGUCAGUGACUAUGACGACAGCUUGGAUCCUACGGAAUCCAAUAAAGAGAAUGAAGCGCACUCCAUUGUAUGUAUAGCAACAUCAAACGCAGGCGAAAACAGAUGGUUGUAUACCCAACCUAAGUUUAAUCCAGAAUUUGCAACACCUAAUUUUAUUGAAAAAAAAGUUCCUAAAACUUCAUCACCUCAAGAUGUGAACAGUCCAAAUUUCUCUAUAACUACUGACUACUCGCGCAUCAGUGACACAUCAUUCUUUCCUCAACGAUUUUCAACUGAAAGGAAAUCUUGCUUAAAAUUUCAUAGCGAAGCUCAUGAUUUGGAUGACAAUAAAUUUAAUACAGACACAUUUACAAAGGAAUCGCCGCUUGAGCAAAACAUUAAUCAAAUUGACACACGCUUUUUGACAGCCAUGGAACCACGGAUGUGUAGACAGGCCUUGUUUCGAGAUCAGGAGAACAGAUUGUUCAAUGAAAGAAACAUAUGGCAGAGUGAUUUCAGGUCGGAGAUGAGGUCUCCUCCCAGAUCUAUUUCACCACCUUUACAGUCUAUUCCCGAGGAAAGUAUACAGUUCUCUGAAACAUUUGAAAGAAACAAUUCUCAUUUGGAAACAUUUGCCAUCAAUCGAACCUAUAACAAGCCUGAAAAGUCGAUGAAUAAGUCAUCAGUAUGGUCAAAGAAAGCUAUAGUUAAGUCAAAACCAAGUCUCCACAUCAGGGAAUCGAUUUCUAAAAUAAAUCACACUUUUAAUUCAAAUAAGAGCACUGUGCAGAAUUUAUCACUUAGCUAUGUCCCAAAUGCUUACUCACAAUCCCUUGUAACAAAUCCCUUUUCUUCAUUAACAGCCUUCUGUGAUGAAGCUUUGAUUAGGAAGUUCGAGAAAGACUUUAAAGAUUGGCUUAACUAUAUUCUAACACCACCAGAUUUAGAAACUAACAUCGAACAGAAAAUUGAUAUUGCCAAGGUGUGGGUUGAAAACAAAAAUGAUGUUCCGACAGCUCCUACUAAAGAAAAAGUGUGCAAUUCCUAUCACAACACAUACCGCUUAGACGGUCUUAGAAAGUCUGCGAGAACAUUACUUAAUUCGCCAGAGAUAAUGGCAGUUAUAAAAAAGUUGAAUCUUCAAAUCGAUCGUGAACUGAUUACAAUAAGGGAAGAUAGAAACAUACACCUUAACGUUGGCCUGCAGAAGACCAUUAUGGAAAUCAUCUUGUCAUAUAACCCACUCUGGUUGCGUAUAGGCUUAGAAGUUAUAUAUAACUGCAUAUUGCCAUUGAAAUCCAACAGUGAUAUUGUAGGAUUAACGACAUUCGUCGUUCAUAGGAUGUUUAGGAAUCCACUCCUUAAAAAUAAAAAAUCAAAAUCAGCACCAAACAAGCAACAUCCUGCAUAUGUGGACGCUGUUAAAAAGUCCCUGUUGAAGAAGUUUUUCCUCCUCGUGUACUUCUUGGAUAAGGCCAAGGAAAAGAAGUUGAUAUCGCACGAUCCUUGCUUAUUCCGACGUAAUGCACUGUGCAAAGAAAGUAGAGAGGUAUUGAUUAGCUUCACAAGGGAAUUGAUAGCUGCAAUCGGCGAUAUAAAUAAACACUUACGCCCUACGGGUUACGUUGUAUCUCAUAAACAGACUUACCUAGAUGAAUACAAAUAUGGCGUCAAUAAUAUUGCCGUAGAUCUGAGAGAUGGCGUAAGGCUAACUAAAGUCUCGGAAAUUAUUUUAUUAAAAGAGAAUUUAAUUAAACAAUUACGGACCCCAGCUAUAUCUCGCUUCCAGAAAAUACAUAACGUUGAAGUGGCUUUGAAAGCUCUGAGAGCGGAGAACUUCAGCAUUGAAGGUGAAAUAACAGCUACCGAUGUUGCUGAUGGUCACCGAGAGAAGACCCUGUCACUUCUGUGGCAAUUGAUUCACGUGUUCCGCGCUCCAUUGUUUGAAAGAGCUGCCAAUGUUAUACAGAUAUGGUGGCGGAAGAAAUACGAAGUUAUUAAGGAAAAAAGAAGAAUCGAGGAAGAAGAGAUGAAGAAGAACUACAAUGCAGCAAGUAUUAUUCAGUCUUGGUGGCGCCAAAUACAGAAUAAGCGUAGAUAUGAACAAAGACUGUACGAAGUCACUCGCGCCACGAUAAUUUUACAGAAAUACUGUCGAAUGUGGCUUUGUCGAACAUAUUUGGUGCAAAUAAAACGCAGCGUGUUAAAAAUCGAGACCUGGUAUCAAAGCAUGAAACUUAUUCGAGAAGCAAAAGCGUUAUUGUGUCAGAGAAGAGAGGAGCGUAGACAGAAAUCGGCGAUUCUUAUCCAGUCGCAAAUCAGACGUUGGAUUUGCAUGAAGAAAUAUCAAAAUUUAAUUAAUUGUACGGUCAAAAUACAGACAUUGCUACGAAGAUAUUUAGCAAGAAAACAAUAUCUGGAGCUGAGAGCUCAAACAGUUUUUAUACAAAAACGGUAUAGAAACAUCUUACUAACCCGAAAAUUACAUCGCGAAUACACAACACUUAAAAAGGCAACGCUAACAUUGCAAAGGCGGUACCGCGCUCAACUCUUAAUGAGAAAAUAUAGAACGGAAUAUAAUAAUUUGAGGAAUGCAGUUAUUAUAAUUCAACAGCGUUAUAAAGCUAAAAAACACAUGCAAGCUGAAAAAUCUCGAUUUGAUAUUUUAAAACGUUCCUGUCUUAUCAUUCAAAGACAGUUCCGAGCGAAUCGCUUAGGCAAAGAAGCACGGAAAGCAUAUAUAAAACAGCGCGAUGCUGCAAUAAAAAUCCAAGCAAAGUACAAGGCCUGGAGGACUAGGCGAGAAUUUAUACGUUUGAAGCAAGCCGUUCAUACUGUUCAGUGCAGAUACAGAGCUCAAAAGAAAAUGCAUCUAGAAAGAUCUAAUUAUGUUUUACAGAGAAAUGCUUGCAUUACCAUUCAACGGUUCUAUAGGGCAUACAGAUUAGGCAAUGCAACGCGGUCCAAGUAUUUGAAGGAAAGGAACGCGUCACUCAAAAUACAAGAUUGGUACAGAAGCUGCAGAAAAAGACAAUUCGCCAUGCAAGAGUACAUUUCGAUGAAAAAAUCUGUUAUUACAGUACAAAGGCGUUUUAGGGCGCAAAAGAAAAUGAUAUCGGAAAGAUGCCAAUAUGUGACCCUUAGAAAUGCCUGCAUUACCAUUCAAAGAUUGUAUUUAGCACGUAAAUUAGGAAGAGAAGCGCGAACGAAAUAUCUUCAACAGAGAGUUUCUAUUAUAAAAAUUCAAACAUGUUACAGAGCUUGGAAGGCAAGACAAAAAUAUACGCGUCUGAAGCAAGCGGCUAUAAUUUUCCAACGCCGUUAUAAAGCCCAAAAAGAUAUGCGCAAAGAACGAUCUAAAUAUGUUUUACAACGAAACGCCUGUAUUCCUAUACAAAGAUUUUACAGGGCGUAUAAGUUAGGAGAAGAGGUGCGAUGUGUAUUUUUAAAAUACAAGGAAGCAGCUAUAAAAAUCCAGGCCACUUAUAAGGCUUGGAAAGCUAGACAGCGUUAUAUGAGAAUGAAACAAGCUGUUAUGAACAUACAAAGCCGUUUCAGGGCUCAAAGGAAAAUGCAAGUGCAGAGAACGCAAUAUAUUUCUCAAAGGAAAGCUUGUAUUUUAAUUCAAAACUUCUAUAGAUCAUAUAAACUGGGCAAACAAACGCGCGCCACAUACCUUAAACAACGAAUUGCAGCUCUAAGAAUCCAAGACUGGUAUAGAAGUUGCAAGUUGAGUAAAAAAUCUAGAGAGGAAUACUUAGUCAUAAAACAAGCUGUAAUUACAAUGCAACGGCGUUAUAAGGCUCACAAAGCGAUGUGUAUUGAGAAAUCUAAAUUCGAUUACAUGAAACGCUCCGCUUUAGUGAUACAAAGAUACUUCCGAGCCUAUCGGUUAGGUAAAGAAACCCGUAAGACGUAUUUAACACAUCGAAAUGCUGCAUUGAACAUUCAAAAGUGGUACAGAAGUUGUAGAAAAACUCAGCAAAUAAGAAACGAGUACAUAAGUCUCAUUCAAGCGUCCAUAACCUUACAGAGACAGUACAGAGCUAAGAAGAAAAUGCACAUUGAAAGAUUAAACUACCACAGAUUAAAAAAUGCAGCUGUUACCCUUCAGAGACAUUACCAAGCCUACAGAUUAGGUAAACAAGCACAAACAGCGUAUUUGGAAAAGAAAAAUGCCGCUAAAAUAAUUCAAAAUUGGUACAGGAACUGCAUAACUUGUAAUAGAGUAAAAGUGGAGUAUCAAGAAAUGAAAAAGGCCUGCGUAACCAUUCAAACGACAUAUCGAAGAUAUAUUAUUACAAAGAAGCAAAGGGAGCAAUAUAUUCAAAUCCGUGAUGCAACAAUUUACAUUCAAAGGUUCUAUCGCUCUUAUAAAGAAACCAAAUCAACCAGGCAGUACUAUCUGAGAUUAAAAUCAUCGGUUGGAUGUGUUCAGAGAAUGUAUAGAAGCUUAUUGGCUAUGAGAAAAGCAAGAAGUCAAUAUCUAAUACAAAAGAAAUCUGCCAUCAUAAUACAGGAAAGAUUCAGAAGUAUUCUUGCUAUGCGAAAGCAAAGGGAACGAUUCCUGGAGCUCAAAACAAAAGCUAUCAUAUUACAAGCGUGCGUACGUGGGUUUAUUGAGAGAAGAAAGUAUCAAAAAUUCAAAGCUGCCGUCAUUACAAUACAAUGUAUAUAUCGUCUAAGAAGUACUAGGAAAUUAAUUCAACAAAAUAAACAAGAAAAAGCGGCGAUUUGUAUACAGAAAAAUUGGCGAAGAUAUCUUGCUAUAAAAAAAUAUCAAAGAAAUUUACAAAGGGUAGUUUUGAUUCAAAGAUUAUGGAGAGGAAUGAUUAUAAUGAGGCCGAUUCGUAGGGACUUUUUAUUCAAGCGAGAGUUGAUAACUAAAAUACAGGCACAAAUAAGAGGGUACUUGGUGAGAAAACACUACGAGAACAAGAAGGAGUGUUUGAAGAAAGAAAGGGAAGAACAGAGACAGCAUUGGGCCGCAUCUAAAAUCCAAGCUUUAUACAAAGGGCACAAAGUUCGCUGUACCAGCGAUAAAUGUUUGGCGGAUAUUCGCCAAAGGUUGGGCGAAGGAAAACUGCAUUCUACGCAAAGGUCCCUCGCUGAGAGAAUCGAAGAGGCCUUUGAUAUUUUCAGGACAGACCUUCUCAACAUUACAGCUGUGUUAGAAGCAUUUAGGACUUUAGAACUUACCAUAGUGUUAUGGCCCGAAUCGUUCGCCAUGAAAGCCACCUUGCUCAUACAAAGUGUGUUUUACUUCAUGGCUGGUACCAACCGAUCCAUUUCCAGCGUCGAAAUACUGAUGUCAGGAGCUACCUUUCUUGUCAACCUGGCGAGGUACCACGUCACAGGACCGAAGUCCUAUCAGCGAGAUAGAAUUUCAGCGGUGAUGAAGUAUAUGCUGCGGUUCAGCAAUAUCGAGCCUAAUUUGAUUUGCCGUUUUGCAACUUACAUUUGGCUCUAUUCGAAAUACGAGUAUACAAAGAAGGAUUUGACAAAGUUCCUUCAAAUGCCAGAAAAUCAUAAAACACUCAUCGCAAUCAAAAACAGCACGAGCCGAAUGAAGAAAAUGGCGGCAAAUUCAACAAAAUCAACAAAACCAAAACCGGUGACACAAACGCCAAACAGAUCUUUUUGUUCAAACGAAAAACCGAACUUUAAUAUGAGCCUAAAAAAUGUUUCUCGUAAAAAACAACAGACACAAGCAACACUUUUGCCAAAUCUUAACCCUGACUAUGGAAUCGAAAGGAAUGACAAACCAAGAUUUUUCUUGGACCCGGAACAGGCAAUUGAAUGCAUAUUUAUGACAUAUAACUUAUAAUAUAUUUGUGUUUUAAUUUAAUUAAUUAUUUAAUAAAGGACUGAUAUGUUAAUGGUUUGAUUCUUGUAGUUUUAGCAAUAAUAAUAAUUAAUCUGAAAUAAAAUAUUAUGGUGGUAACCGCAAAUUCUGCCAAUAAUAGCGUUCAAAUUUGUCUUAAAUAUUUAAAAGGAACCAAACUUCUAAUCUUGCAAAAACUUAGAAUUUAUUUUGUGUCACGUUGCUGAUAAAUAGGAAGUAACAGUUUUAUCUUUGUCAUUGGUAUUAGAUAUAUGUGUAUGAUUUAGGGCCUGUUUCACAAUGUCCGGAUAAGUUCCAAAUAAGCUAUUUGUUACUUAUUUGUAGGAUAAACAGUAUUUUUGCGUUUCACGACUGUCAGAUAGCGCUAUACGUCAUGAAAUUCGAAGUAUCUUAUUUGGAACUUUUAUCUUUCGAAUAAUUUAUGUGUUGCAUAGCUAUUUGGCACUUUAUCCAUACAUUGUGAAACAGGCCCUUAGUCUUCCUAGGAUGUAUGCUAAAUUUAAUACGUUUCUAUAAGUAAGAUAUUAUGAUGCUUUUUUUAUUUAAAUCACGUCAAAAUUGGAGUCACGUUCAGUAGUUUUUGACAUUAGAUCACACAAUUUGGAAGGAUAAGGCAAAGCUGAAAAAGGUAGGGUGUUUUAUUUGUACAAGAAUCGAGUCAUUAAUAAUUUGAAGAUGGCUUUAACGUGGAGUGUUGCAUUUACAUUAUUAUUUUUAGUAAGACGUUUUUAAUAGAAUUGUUCACUUGACUUUAUCAUUGGUUUCGACUAUUUGCUAUAGACUAAAAUCUACAUUCAGUGCUAUUGAUUUUUUUAAUAGUAAAUAUAAGUCAAAUAAUGACAUAUGUGAAAAAAUCUGUCUUAUUUAAAUUGUUACACAAUUUGGUCAUGGGAUAUAAGUAUUUGUAGCGAAAUAUUAUUAAUUUUGUAGUACAAUGUUAAAUAUUAUAUUAUUGAAAAA